GGCUGGGGGAUCUAUUCCUCUCAUCUUUCAAACAUUCCUACUUACUUAGCUUCAAAAUAUAUAUAUAAUGGAGGGCUUUCAUCACUGUCCUCCCAAUUUUGCCCCUCUCUCCCCCGUCCCCUUUCUCAAAAGAGCCUCCACCCUAUACGGCUGCCGUCCCUCCCUCCUUUACGGCUCUCGAGUGUUCACUUGGUCCCAGACUUAUGGCCGUUGUCUCUCCAUUGCUUCCGCUUUGGUUCAUCAUUUCCACCUCUCUCCCGCUGAUUUGGUUGUAGCAAUGGCGCCCAACAUUCCAGAGCUUUACGAGCUUCACUUUGCCGUUCCAAUGGCGGGAGGCAUAAUUUCAGCUCUCAACACAAAACUUGACUCACCCACAUUAUCCUUACUCCUUCAACAACUUAACCCCAAAGUCAUCUUCCUAGACUCCCAAUUUCUUCCCAUUCUACUCAAAUCCCUUGAAAAUAUUUCCAUCAAAUUCCCCGCCCUCAUCCUCAUCCCUAGUGAUCCCAACACCUCGUUGCCUUCGCAAUUCCUCGACUACAAUAAAAUUCUUACGAUGAGACUUGGCGUUGACAACUUCACGCCAAGACCAAACGCUGAACUCGAUCCCAUUUCCAUCAAUUACACCUCGGGUUCCACCGGACUCCAUAAGGGCGUGAUUUAUAGUCAUAGAGCCGCUUAUCUUAACUCUCUAGCAACCAUUUUUCGGAGUAAAAUUUGCAGCUCCACUUCUUCACCCGUGUUCUUAUGGACCGUAGACAUGUUUCGAUGCAAUGGUUGGUGCUUCAUUUGGGUUAUGGCAGCAUUAGGAGGUUGCAAUAUUUGUCUUAGAACUGUCACUGCUGAUGCAAUAUUCACCAAUGUUGAACUCCAUAGAGUUACUCUUUUAUGUGGUCCAUCCACUCUUUUGAAAAUGAUUUAUGAAUCGUCGUCCAAUAAUUGUAUGCCACGUCGACUUUCACGACGUGUGGAUCUUAUAGUGGCUGGUGCAUUACCAAUCAAGGAGAUUUUGACCAAAGUCAAUGAGUUAGGUUUCAAUAUAAGUUAUGGUUAUGGGAUGACUGAGGCAAUGGGCCCUGCCAUAAUUAGGCCUUGGAAGCCCUCUUUUGAAGAUCAAGACAAUGUCCAAUUUGAUGAUCAUUUAAUAACAUCAUUGGAAAUUGAUGUGAAAGAUCCAAUAUCAAUGGAGAGUGUUUUGGGAGAUGGUGAAACCUUGGGAGAGGUAAUGUUGAGAGGCAAUACUUUGAUGUCUGGUUAUUACAAGAAUUUGAAGGCAACUCAUGAGGCUUUUGUUGGGGAAAAUUGGUAUAGGACUGGUGAUGUUGGGGUUAGACACAAGAGUGGUAGAAUUGAGAUGAAGGAUAGAGCUAAGGAUAUUGUUGUGAGGACCGAUGGGGAGGGUGCAGUGAGCACGGUCGAAGUUGAGGGCGUGCUGAUGAGCCACCCCAACGUGGCCGAGACGGCCGUGGUUGGGGAGAGGACGUUGUAUGGGUUUGUGAAACUGAAGAAUGGGAGUAAAGAGAACAAUGACGAGAUUGUCGAGUUUUGUAGAAUGCAUUUGCCAGAGUUUAUGGUACCUAAGACGAUUGUGUUUGGAGAUUUGCCAAUGAAUUCAACAGGGAAGGUACAAAAGUUUGUCCUGAGGGAGAAAGCAAAGGCAUUAUUGAAUGGCAACAACAAUACAAUAACAUAAAUGAGGCAUUAAUACAUUGCUUUUGACUAGCAAGAUGGACUCUCUUCCAUUACUAUUAAUACUGUAUGCUUUUGGAAGACUUUUACUAUUUUUAAUAAAUAUGGAAAUCGGCCCUAAAUGGGUGUGGUGUAAGUGUAAUUGCAAAGACUUCAAAUUGAUUUCAUUGUGUUAUUAGUUUUUAA